AUGCAUCUUCUCGCCGUAUUUACAGCUCUGCUCGUAGUGGUCGCCGCCAACGCUCGUAGGAUAACCAUGCACGAGAUUGGCGAACACCAACUGGAGGCAGCAAAGCGUUGGCAAACUAGCAGCUCUCAAAGUCGGAGCGUAAAGCAUAGUGGUGUUCAGAAUAUUACGUUCACAAACCCAAAGGCCUCAGAAUUCUAUGUCGAUGGCACAUCCCUUCCUCUCGUUGACUUCGACGUUGGUCCUAGCUGGUCAGGUCUUCUGCCCAUCAGCAACAGCCCUAAUGAGACUCGUCAGCUCUAUUUCUGGUUUUUUCCUCCCGGCCCCGAAGGGAGUCUUGAUGAUUUAAUCUUUUGGUGCCUUAUACCUGAAGGACAAACGGUGACCCUGGCUGCUCCUCUCGAAGGUUUGCUGCAAGAGAAUGGGCCUUUCAGUUGGUCUUGGGAUCAGCAAAAACCAACGGUGAAUCAACAGAGCUGGACCAACCUGUCCUCCGUCCAUUGGGUGGAGCAACCUGUUGGAACGGGAUUUUCCCAAGGCAUCCCAGACGCACAGAACGAGGACGAUGUUGCUACUCAAGUCGUCGGUUUCUUGCAGCAGUUCCUUGAGGUCUUUUCGGAGCUCAAAGGCAAAAAGCUGUAUCUAACGGGUGAAAGUUAUGCUGGAACAUACGUGCCUUAUAUCGCCAACUAUAUCUACGAGAACCCCACUCAAUUAGACCUCUCGUUGCAGGGAAUAUGGAUCAGUGAUCCUUCAAUCUCGUGGAUUGUUGUACAAGGUGAGAUCCCUGCAGUGGACUUCGUGAACAAACACGCUAGUCUCUUUUCUUUCAAUCAAACGUACACGGACUACCUCGACGAGAAGGCCGCGACGUGCAAUUACACUGGCUACAUGGAUCAGUACGUCACAUACCCUCCAACAGGUCUUCUUCACCUACCUGGAGACUAUCGAGUUUGGUGA